AUGGCAAAUUUUGUUUUGAGACUGCCAGCAACCAGCUUGAGGAGCUUCUCUAUUUCAGCUUCAUCAAAUGAUUCAGGGGCUGUCCCGGGGACUAGUACUACACAAAAUGGGGGCCCAGUGAUCUUAGAGCUGCCACUUGAUAAGAUUAGAAGGCCAUUGAUGAGAACCAGAGCUAAUGAUCCAAUUAAGGUGAAGGAACUCAUGGAUAGCAUCAAAGAAAUUGGUCUUCAAGUACCUAUUGAUGUGCUUGAGGUAGAUGGAGUUUACUAUGGAUUCUCGGGUUGCCAUCGGUAUGAAGCUCAUCAGCGCCUUGGGCUCCCAACAAUUCGUUGCAAAAUUCGACGCGGAACAAAAGAAACACUAAGAACCCUCCAGUUGAAAUGGGCACAAGACAGCAACCGCACCAUAAAUGUCCUACCAUCGCCCGCACAAUAUCACGAGUAA